AUGACACCAAAACCUCCUCCAACAAAACACAACUCAGCACAACACACCACCACAACCAUGAAGCUACAUACAGUCACGUCUCUGGGGGAGUUUGACAAGGUGCUCAAGUCCGAGCUAGUCAUUGUCGAUUUCUUCGCAGAAUGGUGCGGACCCUGCAAGGUGAUUUCACCCUUUGUCGAGACCCUCCAGUCCGACUACAACCAGGUGCUAUUUGCAAAGGUCGACGUGGAUCAGGGCAAGGACAUUGCUGCCAAGUACACCGUGUCUUCCAUGCCCACUUUUGUGUACUUCCACAAGGGCAAGGAGGUCAAUCGGGUCGUUGGAGCUGACAGAGCCGGAAUUACUACUGGUCUAGAUCAGUUGGUUUCCCUGAACCCUGCAGCCGUCAAGUCCCUUCCUGGAGCAGGAGGCGCCGACUCUGAGGAUGCUGGCUCCACUGUCAACUCGGCUGACAACUCUGCCAUCGCAGCUUUUGUGCCCAAGAACAUGGAGAUUCUCAACUCUGGUAUUGACUUCACCUCGACCGAGGCUCUCAACAUUGCAAACAACGGCGACGUGCGAAACGUGCUGACCAACGGGCUGUCGGGCGAUCAGGAGUUUGUCUCCGAUACAGACUCGCAGAUGCUGCUCAACGUGCAGCUGCAGAACAACGCCAAGAUCCAGACGAUUCUGCUCAAGAAGCCCGCCGUCAGUGGUGACAACCAGAUCCCCUCGCAUAUCAAGGUGUGGGCCAACCAUCCCAACCUGUCGUUCGACGACACCCAGUCGAUCGAGGCCCAGCAUGUCGGAGAUGUGGUUUUUGAUGGUGAGUGGGCCGAGAUCAAGCUCAGAUACGUGCGGUUCCAGAACGUGUCGACCAUCUCCAUGCUCAUUGAGGGAGAGGACGAGGACGAGUGCACUAAUUUGGAUAGAGUGGUGCUCAUUGGAUCAAGCGGCGAGGCUCGAAGCGGAAAGCUCGAGAAGAUGCAGGAUUAG